CAGCUGAAUCAACACCAGAAGAAGAGUGACUAGAAAUAUGUCUUUUACGCUUACAGUAAUUUUAUUUUCUUGACUUCGGUUCAUCUGUACCCGUUCCGAAACUAUUAUGUAAAGGAAACUUUAACCAACGGGGAUGAGGAGACAGCAGGCUGAACAACGAGAGGAAGUGGCUGCUGAAGAAAUGUCCGAGUUUCUGGAAACAACAGAUGCAGAUUAUAAAGAGGAACGAUGUCGUUUAAAGGACAAACAGCAACACAACAAAACUCAAGAUGCUGUUUUCAACCCAGAAGCUCAGCUUCACAGAUUAGUGUUCCCUGCAGAUGUUCAGCAGAUGGUGCUGAUUAAAGAAGAAGCUCUUGAAGUACAGAUACUUGGUGUGGACCAACAGGAUCCAGAGACCCUCAACAUAAAGGAGGAAGAGGAGGAACUGUGGACCAGUCAAGAGGGAGAGCAGUUUUGUGUGAAAAAGGAGACUGAUGACACCGGGUUUGCAUUCACUGCUGUUCCUUUGAAGAGUGAAGAAGAUGAAGAGAAACCUCUGUUUUUACAGCUUCAUCUGCACCAAGUAAAAGAGGAAGAUCUUCCAACCAGCAGCUCAGCUGACCAAAUGAAAGCAGCAACUGGUGGAGAGGAAUGUGGAGGAGCAGAGACUACCAGGAACCCAGAUCUAAAUUCUUAUGGAGAUGUUUGCAGCUCUUCAGAGACUGAAGUCAGUGAGGAUGAUGAAGGUGAUGAUGUGAAUGACUCUGACUCUCAGCUAAAAGACUUAUCAAACUCUGGAUCAGAACCUGAAGAUGGUGACAAAGACUGGAAGGAGGGCAGAGCUUCUGAGUUAGGCUUAAACACUGUCAACAAAUCUUGCAGCUUCACUGAGCAUGGAAAACAUUUUCACAAGACAAGUCAGUCAGUGAUGUCUUCAAGUUGUUUGGUUAUCAAGGAAUGUUUUGAAGUGAAGAAAACUGGAGGCUCAAUCAAGAAAAAACAGUCAAAACGGAACUCAUUUAGUUGUGAAGACUGUGGAAAAAGAUUUGACCAAAAGGGCUUUGAUCACCUGGCCUUUGUGAUUAGGAUUGUACAACUCGAAACAGUUCUGGAGGAGAUGGCAACCAGCAGACAAUCAUCUUCAGCCAAGAAGUAG